GAAAAUACUGAUCGGAUGCUGUUCUUCACUAUCCCUGAGACCUGUGUCUGACUGCUCAGCAUUUGCCUGCUAACAGGAAGCCCUUUCCAGCCCCUGACCGAAGCUCUCUGAGGCCAGCAGCGGCCGCAGAUGUCCAGGGAGUUCAGCCGGGGCAGCUGGAUGAGCAGGGAUUGGGUGCACCCAGGCCAGGCCCUGAUCUGGGCUGCUGGGGUCCUCGCAGCCUCCACCAAGGGGCUCGCUACUGACAUGCCACAAAGGAACACCAGCCUGGGAUGGGUCCAGGGGAAGCAAGUCACUGUGCUGGGAAGCUCCGUGCCUGUGAACGUGUUCCUCGGGGUCCCCUAUGCUGCACCCCCUCUGGGACCCCUGCGAUUUGCAGACCCAGAGCCUGCAUCGCCCUGGAAUGACUUGCGAGAAGCCACCUCCUACCCUAAUUUGUGCCUCCAGAACUUAGAUUGGCUGUUCUCAAAUCAACACAUGCUCAGGGUGCAUUACCCCAACCUCGGAACGUCGGAAGACUGCCUGUACCUUAACAUCCACGCGCCGGCCCACGCCGAUGUGGGCUCCCAGCUGCCGGUCAUGGUGUGGUUCCCGGGGGGCGCCUUCGAGACCGGCUCAGCUUCCAUCUUCGAUGGGUCCGCCCUGGCUGCCUAUGAAGACGUGCUGGUUGUGACCACUCAGUACCGGCUUGGAAUAUUUGGCUUCUUCACCACACAGGAUCAGCACGCUCGAGGGAACUGGGCCUUCAAGGACCAGUUGGCUGCUCUAUCCUGGGUCCAGAAGAACAUCCAGUUCUUUGGUGGGGACCCCAGUUCUGUGACUAUCUUUGGCGAGUCAGCGGGAGCCAUAAGCGUCUCCAGCCUGAUUCUGUCUCCCAUGGCCAAUGGCCUAUUCCACAAAGCCAUCAUGGAGAGUGGGGUGGCUAUCAUCCCUUACCUGAAUGCCCCUGAUGACGAGAGGACUAAGGAUUUGCAGGUGGUUGCAGAUUUCUGUGGUCGCAAUGCAUCCGACUCCGUGGCCCUGCUGGAGUGUCUGAGGGCAAAAUCCUCCAGGGAGUUGCUGGCCCUCAGCUGGAGAACAAAGUCUUUCACGAGAGUGGUUGAUGGGCUUUUCUUUCCGGCUGAACCGACAGAAUUAUUAUCUCUAAAAGCAUUUAAAGCAAUUCCUUCUAUCAUCGGAGUCAAUAACCACGAGUGUGGUUACCUGCUGCCCUUGAAGGAGAUGCCUGAGAUCCUCACCGGCUCCAACAAGUCUCUCGCCCUCCACUUGAUACACAGCCUCUUGCACGUCCCCUUCCAGUAUUUGUACAUUGUGGCUGAUGAAUACUUCCACGGCAAGCUCUCCCUGGUGGAAAUCCGAGAUAGUUUACUGGACUUGCUUGGAGAUGUGUUCUUUGUAAUCCCUGGGUUGGUCACGGCUCGCUCUCACAGAGAUGCUGGUGCACCUGUCUACUUCUACGAGUUUCAGCACCGGCCCCAGUGCUUUGAAGACACGAAACCAGCUUUUGUCAAAGCUGACCACGGUGACGAAGUCCGCUUUGUGUUUGGAGGUGCCUUCCUGAAGGGCGACAUUGUCAUGUUUGAAGGAGCCACAGAGGAGGAGAAAGUGCUGAGCAGGAAAAUGAUGAAAUAUUGGGCUAACUUUGCGCGGACCGGGAAUCCUAAUGGGGGCGCCCUGCCCCUGUGGCCGGCCUAUGAUUUGACCGAGAAGUACCUGAAGCUGGACAUGAACGUGAGCCAGGGACAGAGACUGAAAGAGCACAGAGUGGAGUUUUGGACCGACUCCCUCCCUCUGAUAAUGUUCACUUCUGAAGCUCACCUCCGUCCUCCUUCCCCCCUGCUCCUCCUUUCCCUGCUCCUGCCUUCCUUUCUCUCCUUUGUUCCCUGAGAAGUUACCUGUGUGUGAUUUUGGUUUCUCUUCUCCUUCUGCAAUUUCUCUGGCAAUCAUGAGCUUCCUUCUGAGUUUAGCUGCUCUCUAUGGGGAUCUUUGGGGAAUAAGCUGCUUUAGCUGAUGCUUUAUGGAUUUAGCAAUGAUCUUUAUAGAAUUCUUUUCAACAUCAACAAAUGCAAUUUGUCUUGGAAGACAACAAGAUUUCUUCAGUAAGUCUGGAGGAGGGCUGGCCCAUUUGUUGUCAUAAUAAUGAUCUUGUUACUCAUGUGCAAUAAAAUCAGAAUGUAAAAUAUA